AGCCGCUCGGUUUGGUGCAGCCCUGUUCCCCGCGGCGAAUGGUACGGCCCGGGCCCCUCAGCCGCCCGCUUCCCGCAGCAGGUCUGAGUGGGUCGCACCCCCGGUGCAGACGCGGAACUGGCGCCUGCUCGCCGUGGCUCCGGGCUCGGAAGCCACGAGCGCUGCGCGGCCGGGAGGCGGCAGGCGGGCCCGACAGGUUCCUCUGAGCUGGGAGAUUAUAUCAGAAUUCCUCCUGGGAACGCUGACUUCUCUGCAAUGAACUGAUACAUUGGAACCAUGGUGCAAAAGAAGUUCUGCCCUAGAUUACUCGAUUAUCUAGUGAUCGUAGGGGCAAGACACCCAAGCAGCGACAGUGUGGCUCAGACACCCGAACUGCUGCGGCGGUACCCAUUAGAGGAUCACCCUGAGUUUCCCCUGCCCCCAGAUGUGGUGUUCUUCUGCCAGCCUGAGGGAUGUCUGAGCGUGCGGCAGCGACGCAUGAGCCUUCGAGAUGAUACCUCUUUUGUCUUCACUCUGACUGACAAGGACACUGGAGUCACCCGCUAUGGCAUCUGUGUUAACUUCUACCGCUCCUUCCAAAAGCGAGUGCCGAAGGAAAAGGCGGAAGCAGGAGCAGGACCCCGUGGGAAGGAGGCUGGCACUCAGAGCUCAGAGAGUGGCUCAGCCUUGCAGCCUCCUAGUGCUGACUCCACUCCUGACGUGAACCAGUCUCCUCGGGGCAAACACCGUGCAAAAAUGGGCAGCCGCUCCCGCAACAGUACCCUGACAUCCCUGUGUGUGCUUAGCCACUAUCCUUUCUUCUCGACCUUCAGAGAGUGUCUGUAUACUCUCAAACGUCUGGUAGACUGCUGUAGUGAACGGCUGCUAGGCAAGAAACUGGGCAUCCCACGCGGUGUUCAGAGGGACACGAUGUGGCGAAUCUUUACUGGAUCUCUGCUUGUGGAGGAAAAGUCAAGCGCCCUUCUGCAUGACCUUCGAGAGAUUGAGGCCUGGAUCUACCGGUUGCUGCGCUCCCCAGUACCUGUUUCUGGGCAGAAGCGAGUGGAUGUUGAGGUCCUACCCCAGGAACUGCAGCCAGCCCUGACGUUUGCUCUUCCAGACCCCUCUCGGUUCACCCUAGUGGACUUCCCCCUCCACCUUCCCCUGGAACUUCUGGGCGUGGACGCUUGUCUUCAGGUGCUAACCUGCAUCCUGCUGGAGCACAAGGUGGUGCUACAGUCUCGCGACUACAACGCGCUCUCCAUGUCUGUGAUGGCCUUUGUGGCAAUGAUCUACCCGCUGGAGUACAUGUUUCCCGUCAUCCCACUGCUCCCGACCUGCAUGGCGUCAGCAGAGCAGCUCCUCUUGGCUCCAACCCCAUACAUCAUUGGAGUUCCUGCCAGCUUCUUCCUCUACAAGCUAGACUUCAAAAUGCCCGAUGAUGUGUGGCUAGUGGAUCUGGACAGCAAUAGGGUGAUUGCCCCCACCAAUGCAGAAGUGCUACCUGUCCUGCCAGAACCAGAAUCAUUAGAGCUGAAAAAACACUUGAAGCAGGCCCUGGCCAGCAUGAGUCUCAAUACCCAGCCCAUUCUUAAUCUGGAGAAAUUCCACGAGGGCCAGGAGAUCCCACUUCUCUUGGGAAGGCCUUCUGGUGACCUUCAGGCCACGCCUUCCACUGAGUUCAAUCCACUCAUUUAUGGCAAUGACGUAGACUCAGUCGAUGUUGCAACGAGAGUGGCCAUGGUCCGUUUCUUCAACUCUGCUAACGUGCUGCAGGGCUUUCAGAUGCACACACGUACCCUGCGACUCUUCCCCCGACCUGUGGUAGCUUUCCAAGCUGGCUCCUUUUUGGCCUCACGUCCCCGACAGACUCCCUUUGCUGAGAAACUGGCCAGGACUCAAGCUGUGGAGUACUUUGGAGAAUGGAUCCUAAACCCUUCUAACUAUGCCUUUCAGCGGAUUCACAACAAUAUGUUUGAUCCAGCCCUUAUUGGUGACAAGCCAAAGUGGUAUGCUCACCAGCUGCAGCCCGUCCAUUAUCGAGUCUACGACGGCAGUUCUCAGCUGGCUGAGGCCCUGAGUGGGCCACCGGAACGUGAUUCUGAUUCUGACCCCACUGAUGACAGUGGCAGUGAUAGUGUGGAAUGUGAUGACUCGAGCUCGUCCUACUCCUCCCUUGGAGACUUCGUCAGUGAGAUGAUGAAGUGUGACAUCCAUGGUGACACCCCUAAUGUGGAUCCGCUGACGCACGCAGCCCUGGGAGAUGCCAGCGAAGUGGAUAUUGAUGAGCUGCAGACCCAGAAAGAGGGAGAGGAGCCCGGUCCAGACAGUGAGAACUCUCAGGGAAAUCCCCCGCUGCGCUGGAGCCCUGGCGCUACUGCCCAUGGUGCCCACUCUGAACACGCCGAUUCUACAGAGAUGGAUGAUAAGGCAACAGCAGGCAGCUCCAGGUCCCUCACGCCUGUGCCUCCCAGCAUUUGCAAAUCUACUGUGGACAGGAGACAGACAGAGACUGCAGAGGGGUCAGUGUGCCAGCGAACCUAUGACAAUCCAUACUUCGAGCCCCAAUAUGGCUUUCCCCCUGAGGAAGAUGAGGAGGAGGAGGGGGAAAGCUACACUCCCCGAUUCAGCCAACAUGUCGGUGGCAAUCGGGCUCGAAAGCUGCUGCGGCCCAACAGCUUGAAACUGGCAAGUGACUCAGAUGCAGAGUCAGACUCCCGAGCAAGCUCUCCCAAUUCCACGGUCUCCAACAACAGCACCGAGGGCUUCGGGGGCAUCAUGUCUUUUGCUAGCAGCCUGUAUCGGAACCACAGUACAAGCUUCAGCCUCUCAAACCUCACACUGCCCACCAAAGGUGCCCGAGAGAAGACUACACCAUUCCCCAGCCUGAAAGUAUUUGGGCUAAAUACUCUAAUGGAGAUUGUUACUGAAGCCGGCCCUGGGAGUGGUGAAGGAAACAGGAGGGCCUUGGUGGACCAGAAGUCAUCUGUCAUUAGACACAGUCCGACUGUGAAAAGAGAGCCUCCAUCACCCCAGGGCCGGUCCAGCAAUUCCAGUGAGAACCAACAGUUCCUGAAGGAAGUGGUGCACAGUGUGCUGGACGGCCAGGGCGUAGGCUGGCUCAAUAUGAAAAAGGUACGCCGGCUGCUGGAGAGCGAGCAGCUUCGAGUCUUUGUACUGAGCAAACUGAACCGUGCAGUGCAAUCAGAGGAUGAUGCCCGGCAGGAUGUCAUCCAAGAUGUGGAGAUCAGUCGGAAGGUGUACAAGGGGAUGCUAGACCUCCUCAAGUGCACAGUCCUCAGUCUCGAGCAGUCCUAUGCCCACGCAGGUCUGGGUGGCAUGGCCAGCAUCUUUGGGCUUUUGGAGAUUGCCCAGACCCACUACUAUAGUAAAGAACCAGACAAACGAAAGAGAAGCCCAACAGAGACCCCUAUGGGCAAGGAUCCUGGUCUGGCUGGGCGGGGGGACCCAAAAGCUAUGGCACAGCUAAGGGUCCCUCAGCUGGGUCCUCGGGCACCAAGUGCUACAGGGAAGGGUCCUAAGGAGCUGGACACAAGAAGUCUAAAGGAAGAGAAUUUUGUAGCGUCUGUCGAAUUGUGGAACAAGCACCAGGAAGUGAAAAAGCAAAAGGCUUUGGAAAAACAGAGGCCAGAGGUAAUCAAGCCUGUCUUUGACCUUGGUGAAACAGAGGAGAAAAAGUCCCAGAUUAGCGCAGACAGCGGUGUGAGCCUGACAUCUGCUUCCCAGAGGACUGAUCAAGACUCGGUCGUUGGUGUGAGUCCAGCUGUUAUGGUCCGAAGCUCAAGUCAGGAUUCUGAAGUUAGCACCGUGGUGAGUAACAGUUCUGGAGAGACCCUUGGAGCAGACAGCGACCUAAGCAGCAAUGCAGGGGAUGGGCCAGGAGGAGAAGGCUGUGCCCACUUGACAAGCUCUCGGGCUACUCUGUCUGAUAGUGAAAUUGAAACCAAUUCCGCCACAAGCACCAUCUUUGGUAAAGCCCAUAGCUUGAAGCCAAAGGAGAAGUUGGCUGGCAGUCCAAUUCGCUCUUCUGAAGACGUAAGCCAGCGAGUCUAUCUGUAUGAGGGACUACUAGGCAAAGAGCGUUCUACUUUAUGGGACCAGAUGCAAUUCUGGGAAGAUGCAUUCUUAGACGCUGUGAUGUUGGAAAGAGAAGGGAUGGGCAUGGACCAGGGUCCUCAGGAAAUGAUCGACAGGUACCUGUCCCUGGGAGAACAUGACCGGAAGCGUCUGGAGGAGGAUGAAGACCGCUUGCUGGCCACACUUUUACACAACCUCAUAUCCUAUAUGCUGCUGAUGAAGGUGAACAAGAAUGACAUCAGGAAGAAAGUACGGCGCCUAAUGGGAAAGUCCCACAUUGGUCUUGUAUACAGCCAACAAAUCAAUGAGGUGCUUGAUCAGCUGACCAAUCUGAGUGGACGUGAUCUCUCCAUCCGGUCCAGUGGCAGCCGCCACAUGAAGAAGCAGACGUUUGUUGUACAUGCAGGGACAGACACAAAUGGAGAUCUCUUCUUCAUGGAAGUGUGUGAUGACUGUCUGGUGUUACGCAGUAGCAUUGGCACAGUUUAUGAGCGCUGGUGGUACGAGAAGCUCAUCAACAUGACCUACUGUCCCAAGACCAAGGUCCUGUGCUUGUGGCGUAGAAAUGGCUCUGAGACCCAGCUCAACAAGUUCUAUACUAAGAAGUGUCGCGAGCUGUACUACUGCGUGAAGGACAGCAUGGAGCGCGCCGCAGCCCGGCAGCAAAGCAUCAAACCUGGGCCUGAACUAGGUGGUGAGUUUCCCGUGCAGGACAUGAAGACCGGAGAGGGCGGCUUGCUGCAAGUCACCCUGGAAGGGAUCAACCUCAAGUUCAUGCACAACCAGGUUUUCAUAGAGCUGAAUCACAUUAAAAAGUGCAAUACAGUUCGAGGCGUCUUUGUCCUGGAAGAAUUUGCAGGUAAAGUGACCUCGGCUCGUGCUGCCUUUCCCCAGGCCCCAGCCUUGGGCCCUGUAGUGGUUCCUGAAAUUAAAGAAGUGGUGAGCCACAAGUACAAGACGCCGAUGGCCCACGAGAUCUGCUACUCUGUGUUGUGUCUCUUCUCAUAUGUGGCUGCAGUUCGUAGCAGUGAAGAAGACCUCCGAACCCCACCUCGGCCUGUCUCUAGCUGAUAGAGGGGUUCGCAGCUGGCCUAGCUCACAGGUCGCCCUCACUCCUGCUGCUCUUCAUCAUUGAAGCUGCUGGGAUGGAGAGGGGAUGUGUGGGUUCUCUGCAAGCUCCUCCCCACAGUUCAGCUGGUUUUGUGUGAUGUCUGAAGUGGGUCUUUGUGUCUGUCCGUCCCAUUCCCUUCUCUUCCUCCAACACCAGACUAGCCUACUAUCCCCUCAGGGCUCCAGAGAGUGUGUAUCUGUGGGGCCACUGUGAGCCCCCCAGGAAGUGUUCUGGAGAUGUUUGUUCUGUGAUUCCAUGUCCUUAGACCCUCCAGUUUAGGGGUCUUCUCUCCGUCUUCUGUGAUGUGGCACUGUAGGGUACAUGGCACAGUUCCUUGGGGUCAGCCUUCCUGACCGAGGGUUGGGUGGGAGGAAAGGAUCUGAGGGAAGCAGGUGUGAAUGGCAGCCUUCCUGCCUCCUCACACGAUUCCUAAACUGUGGCCGCAGGUCAUGUUGCUGCCUGCCCCACCCCAUCGGCGACACGGUGUUCCUGGACUGACCGCUAUGUGCGGAGCUGGGAUCCUUACAGUGAUCUCCCUGGCCUCUGGCACAAGAUGACUGAGGGGUGAGGGUGAUGGUCUGCCUGAGAGCCAAGCCGAGUCCAACAUGCGUGUCUGUCUGCACAGAGUGUGUCCUGGCUUCAGGCCAGGAGGAGGACAUGGACUGGACAGGAGAUGAAUGUAAAUAUUCCAGAUCUGCGUUAUUUAUAGAAAGUGUACAGCUGUCUGAUGUGAAGUAAAUGUCUUUAACUCUGCUUGCA